AUGAAGAGGGGGACCCGGGCUGGUCUGACAGGUCUGCAGAAUCCUGGACUGGAGCUGGAGAUGACUGAAAGCAUCAACACGAUCCAGGAGCGUCUCUGGUUGUCCUCAGGUCUCGGGAUGUCCUCAGGGGUCCAGGUCCCCGGUGACGGCGGCAGUGAAAGCUGCAGCUCGGUGGGCGUCGUACUCCUGCGGCCGCCGGAAGCAGAGAAAAAGAAAAGUGACAGACACCUGGCGGCAACCAACCAGGACACUGACCAGGUGGACCUCGGGUUGCUGGAUGACAUGAUCUCUGACGGAGCCGAUCCAAACAGCUCAGACAGAUACGGACAGACCGUCCUGCACGAGAUCUCCAGGGCGUGGAGUGUAGAUGUGAUGCGGUUCUUCCUGGACCGGGGUUCAGACCUCCACCGCCCGGAUCAGUUUGGAGUCACAGCGCUGCACGUGGCCUCGGCGCUGGACUACCAGGACAUGGUUCAGUUCCUGCUGGACCGGAAAGCUGAUCCGGAGGCUCGGACUCUCCUGGACCAGCAGACUCCUCUUCACUAUGCCGCCAAGAACGACGCUGUGGGUUCGAUCAGACUGCUGCUGCAGGGCGGAGCCUCCAUCAGCUGCACCGACUACAAGCAGAGAACGCCUCUGCAGCUCGCCGCCAACCUGGAGCGCAGUGAGGCGGCUCGGGUUCUGUUGGAGCUCGGUGCAGAGGCAGGGAUGAAGGACGCUGAUGGACAGCUCUGUAUAACUGCUCUGAUUGGUCGGAUGAGUCCAGUGGCUCAGCUGGCGCUCGGUCAGUUCCACGUGACCGACAGAAUGACCAGGCAGCAGUACUACUACCUGAACCUGCUGGAACCAGAACCACACUCACCUGAGAAGCACCCGCAAGAGGUCGUGGUCGGAGAGCCUACGUCUCCUCUGCAGGUGGUGGUUCAGGAGGGAAAACUGGACCUGAUCCUGAGUCCAGUCUUCCUUAAACUGAUCCAGGUCAAAUGGAAACUGUACGGCAGGUUGGGGGCGUGGCUUCUCCUCAUUCUCAACUUCCUGUUCAACGUUGCCUGGACGACCGUCGCCAUUUCUGUGUCCAUCCACCAUGACUCACCUGAUCGCUACGUCCUCCCCCAGGACUGGUGGCGUGUCCUCCUCGUGGUCCUGGCGCUCCUGUUGACCCUGGAGGAGGUUCUGAGGGAGGUGAUGGACAUCCUGCGAUCGAGGAAGAAGCUCCGCCUCUGGCAGCAGUGGCAGGAGCAUCGUCUCCAUGACGACCUGCGCUGCUCACAUCCCAUGUGGCCCCAGGAGAAAGUUUUCUUGUUGGAUCAGCAAAAACAGAUCCACAGGAUGAGAGGAAGCUACAGUCGAGACCUGUGGAACGUUUUUGAUUGGCUGGUGUACUCUCUGCUAACGGCGUCCUUCAGUGUCCACCUGGCCGACGUGAUUGGUCCGUCCGUCUAUCUCCACACCACCAGUCUGCGUCUGUUCUCCAUCACUGUCAUCUUCCUCUGGCUGCGACUCAUGAAACACGUCAGAGCCUUCAGGUUAAUGGGUCCAUUCAUCGUCAUGCUGGGGAGCAUCAUCGGGGAUGUGUUACGUUUCCUCUUCCUGUACGCAGAGAUCUUUGUUCCCUACGCCUGCAGCUUCUGGAUCAUAUUUGGAGGUGUGUUUCCCAGCAUGCAGUCUGUCUCCGGCCUGCUCUACAGUCUGUACCGCAUCACUCUGGUGGACGAGUACGAGUACACUGCCAUGGUGACGGUGGACGGCGUCAUGGCUCCUCUGCUGUGUGGGACGUUCCUGGCUGCGUCCUCCGUACUGUGUGUCAACCUGCUGAUCGCCCUGCUCACCGACACCUUCCAGAGGGUCCAUGAUAACUCGCAGGCUAAUGCUGUGAUGCAGCAGGCUGCCGUCAUCCUGCAGGUGGAGGACUCCAUGCCCCUCCUCCGCCGUUUCUAUGACAACCAGUACAUCUCCAACCAGUGCGCGCCGCUGGCUGACGCCUACAACGAUGACAUCGCCACAAACCCCGGUUACCAUGAAGAGAUGGGACGCAUCACCGCACAGAUUAAAGAGACUCUGGACCAGUUCCUGGUUCUGAAGAGAGACGUGGAGACAGCUGCAGGUCCAGGAGUCCAGAUGGACCAGGACCUCCAGAACCACAACCAGGAGAGUAAGGACCAGCAGAACCAGGAGCUUCAGGAACAGAACAUGCAGAACCAGGAGCUACAGAACCAGAACCAAGAGAAUAAAGACCAGCAGAACCAGGAGCUUCAGGCCAUUCGAGCAGAGUUGAUGGAGCUCCGGACUCUGGUCCAGCAGUUGGUUAAGAACAGGACUGACUCGGGUUGA